CUUCGAGCAGGGACCGGUCCGGUGUUUAAAAGCGAUUCUGAAAGGCAUUCCCUUGGAAAAGGUCUGAGAAGACUCGAAGGAUAUUCCUGGGGAAAAUGUGUUCAUGUAUAAAGACACAGUCUCUUGGCUGUGCCAUGAAAAUGUAUACUUUCUGGGUGGAGAAUCGAGCACGGAUUGAAAAAUACACAUGGCAACUUGUCAUCUUUCAAGCACUCCAGUGUACCGGAAAAUACGGUUUAAAGGAGCAUACAGUCUGGAAACAAUUCUGCCCGGUGGUUGGAAACUCGAGGAGAAACUGGUGUGAAUUGAAAUGCAAACACAUGCAAUUAAUUUGAAGGUGCCUAUGAUGUCCUGUAAUGUCCUGUAAAAUCCUCAAGCAAUAAAUAUUGACAGAGAACUCGUUUUUUUUAAGAAGAGUAAGACAAGGAUUUUUGUAGAAGAAGAAGACUGGGAUAUUUAACUGGAGGUCUACCAGGAGGGGCCAUUGGAGGAGAAACGUCACGUGACAGAGGGGUGCCAAUGUUAUUCUUUAAGGGUGUCAAGACCCUGUCAGUUUGUGAAAUAAAUAUUGGGAAACAACGAAAUGCAAAAGGCGACCUACUACGACAGCUCUGCGAUCUAUGGCGGCUAUCCCUACCAAGGAGCAAAUGGUUUCGCUUACAAUGCUAGUCAGCAGCAAUAUCCUCCGCCUCCUUCUUCAGCGCUGGUGGAAACGGAGUACCAUCGACCUGCCUGCUCGUUACAGUCCCCUGGCUGCAGCAACACUGUGUCCCACCACAAGGCCAAUGAAAUCAACGAGAGUUGUAUGAGGACCAUCACCGGGCAGUCCCUCCAGCCCCCGGUCCUUGCAGAGCAACCGCAGCAGCAACAACCUCCAGCUCAACAGGCGCCUCCGCCGCCGCCGGCCCCCCCUCCGCCCCCCUCUGUGUCACCACCUCAAAAUGCCAGUGCCAACCCCACCCCAGCUAACACCACCAAGAGCUCCAUCAUGAACUCGCCCACCAUGUCCAAACAGAUAUUCCCUUGGAUGAAAGAAUCUCGACAAAACACAAAGCAGAAAAACAGUGGCUCCAGUUCAGGUGAGAGUUGUGCUGGUGAUAAAAGCCCCCCUGGGCAAGCUUCCUCUAAGAGAGCUCGCACGGCUUAUACAAGUGCCCAGCUGGUAGAACUGGAAAAGGAAUUUCACUUCAAUAGAUACCUUUGCAGGCCAAGAAGGGUAGAGAUGGCUAACUUGCUCAAUCUCACAGAAAGACAGAUCAAAAUAUGGUUUCAGAACCGCAGGAUGAAAUACAAAAAGGAUCAGAAGGGAAAAGGCAUGAUGACCUCUUCAGGAGGACAGUCCCCCAGCAGAAGUCCUGUACCUCCAGCUGCUGGAGGAUAUCUGAACUCUAUGCACUCCUUAGUAAACAGCGUUCCAUAUGAGCCCCAGUCACCUCCAUCCUUCAGCAAACCUCAUCAGAAUGCCUAUGGCAUCCCCACGUCAUAUCCGGCUCCUCUCAAUAACUGCCCCCCUCCUCAAAAGAGAUACACCGGAACUGCAGCAGUGACUCCUGAAUAUGACCCUCAUCCUCUUCAAGGCAACGGUUAUGGCAAUCCACAUAUACAGGGAAGCCCCGUCUAUGUUGGGGGCAAUUAUGUGGAUACCAUGGCAAAUUCUGGGCCUUCUAUCUUUGGUCUGACUCACCUCCCUCAUCCUUCAUCCACCAACAUGGACUACAGUGGGCCAAUGGGCAACAAUCAUCACCAUGGACCUUGUGAUCCACACCCAACAUAUACAGAUCUUACUUCUCACCAUCCUUCUCAGGGAAGAAUUCAGGAAGCGCCCAAACUCACCCAUCUGUAAUAUAUCGUGAAUCAUAAGUCCCCCAGCCUUUUUUUUUUUCUUUUUUUAAAAAAGAAAAAUACUUUACGUCCCUCCCCACUCCUCUAUUUUGCUUUGGUUUUGUUUUCUUUGGGUAAAAAGCGUUUUCUAGUUUAUGUGACGUAGCAAUAUUUGUUGCUUGAAUUGCUCUCUAGUUUCAAUAGUGGAUAUUUAUCUCCUUGAACUCUUUGCCUUGUGUUCUCGCUUUGAGAGUAUACAGAGGCUUUCUACUCUAACUUCGUCUCUUUUAUCAAAACAGGGUAUAUGAACAAAUUUUCUAUACAGGCAGUUCUUAAAUGUGAAUUUGUUCGUACAGAAUCGAUCCCACCGGGGAAGCAUUUUUAUUUUAAUUGCACUUCUUUUAACUAGCGAGAAAGAAAUCAAAGGCGCUUGAUCAGGGGUCCCUGGGCGAAAUUAUUAAUACGUGUAUGUCUUUCAACGUGUGUAUGCUGGUGAACAUUCAGAUUUAUUUAUAUUUUUUUGCAAACUUUGAAUAAUCUAAGUGUUUAAAAUUUUUUAUUUAUCCCCAUCUGUUCAUAUUUAUAUAUAUAUAUAAAGAUAUUAAAAAAUAAACUUCUGUACCUUAAAUAUUCAGGAGAUAUUUACCUGGCUGUAUGUUAAGAUGGCAUACGUAGGGAAUAUCAUUUGAAAAGGGAACUAGAACUCCUUUAUUUAAAAAGAAAAUGCAAUAAUCCGGGAAAAGAACUUACAGGCCACCAUAGGAACAAAAAAUAGAUGUCUGUAAACAUCAAACAAAAUGUAAGAUGUAAGAUGAAACCUGAACAACAACAAAAGACUAGAUUUGUUUUGAAAGUUAUACAUUCCUUGCUGCUCACAUUCUGAAAAAAAAAAUAAAGUUUUUAUUCUGAAUAA